GAUUUAAUAGUGAGAGAAUAAGUAAUGAUCUACCACCUUCCACGCAUCAGUUUGCCAAUGGUCCACUUGAUUUGCUAGAUAUUGUAGUUAAGUAUGAAAGUGCACAAUUCUUGCCCUCUCUCUUAUGCUCUCCUCACCCGGUCACCCCUCCAUAGUUAUUACUCGAGACAGUUCAAUACCCAAAGCGUUCUUACCUAGAAAGAGAAUGGGAGGUUUUGACUACUUACUAAAGAUUGCAAUCGGAAUUGGUUUGAUAUUGAUUCUAAGAUGGGUUUGGAAAAUGGUAAAUUGGGUAUGGUUUCAACCCAGAAAGCUAGAAAAUCAACUCAAAAAACAGGGUUUAAAGGGAAAUUCUUAUAGAUUCAUGUAUGGUGAUCUUAAGGAAACUUUUAGAAUGCGUAAUGAAGCUCGGAAAAACCCCAUUCCUUUUACUCAUCAUUUCUUUUCUCGUGUCUUCCCUUUUCUCCAUCAAUGUCUCAACAAAUACGGUGAAGGUUUUUAUACAUGGCUGGGGCCAGUGCCGGUUAUACACAUUACAGAUCCGGAGUUAACCAGGGAGGUAUUUACGAAGAUGAAUGAAUUUCGAAAGCCAAAAUUGAACCCACUUAUUGGAUUGCUUGCCCCUGGACUUGUUAGCCAUGAAGGUGAAAAAUGGAUGAAACACAGGAAGCUCAUCAAUCCGGCUUUUCAUAUGGAAAAGCUCAAGCUUAUGCUCCCGGCAUUUGGCACCAGUGUUAAGGAAAUGAUGAACAAAUGGGAGAAAAUUGUAUUGGAUUCCUCUGAGGUUGAUGUGUGGCCAUAUCUUACAAGCCUAUCUGCAGAUGCUAUCUCUCGUGCUGCUUUUGGAAGUAGCUUCGAAGAAGGUCGAAGAAUAUUUGAACUUCUCAAGGAACAAACCGAACUAACUCUACGCCUUUUCCAAUCCGUUUAUAUUCCUGGAUGGAGGUAUGUGCCAACACCGACUAACAAGAGGAUGAAAGAAAUGAACUCGGAAAUACAAAAAUUAUUGAAGGGAAUAAUUGAUAAGCGAAAGAAGGCGAUGGAGGCAGGCGAGCCUGCUAAGGACGAUUUGUUGGGGAUACUUAUGGACUCCUCGAUGAAGGAAUUGCAAAGAUUUGGGAGUCCUAAGCAACAACUCGGUAUGAGUUACCAAGAUAUGAUCGACGAGUGUAAAUUGUUCUACUUUGCUGGGCAAGAGACCACUUCUGUGUUGCUUGUAUGGACUAUGAUUUUGUUAAGCAAAUACCAAGAUUGGCAGACACGAGCACGAGAAGAAAUCCUAGCAACAUUCGGAGAUAAUCAACCUAACUUUGACGGGUUGCAACAUUUAAAGAUUGUGACGAUGAUACUACACGAGGUGCUAAGAUUGUACCCUCCAGUAGUUUCCGUCAAUCGUAAGGUAUACGACCACGAAAUGAAACUCGGAAACUUGUCUGUUCCGCCUGGUGUAUUGGUUGGAUUGUCGAUACUUAAUACGCACCAUGAUCCUAAAAUUUGGGGUGAUGAUGCCACAGAGUUCAAACCAGAGAGAUUCUCGGGGGGCAUUGCAAAGGCAACAAAGGGCAAUAUCUCGUUCUUUCCCUUCGGUUGGGGUCCCAGGAUAUGCAUUGGGCAAAAUUUUGCUAUUGUUGAAGCCAAAAUGGCUUUGUCGAUGAUUUUGCAGCGCUUUUCAUUUAAAUUGUCACCGUCCUAUACACAUGCUCCGACCACAAUUGUAACUCUUAAGCCCCAACAUGGAGCUCAUAUCAUUUUAACUCGGCUUCAAGGAUCCGAAUGAGAGUGAUGUAUCGACAUAAGCAUAAACAUAGGUUUCUAAUACGAAUUAUUAGCACUAUAUACUUAAUAUGUUUUGGCAGCUAUAUCUUACCAUGUACUACUCUAUUUGGUAUAAUUUGGCUAUAAUUGUAAAUUUAUGUUUUGUUUAGCUAUUAAGACAAAAUAUGUAAUGUGUGGUAGAUAAUGUAUGAAAAAUUUUAGGGUCUUUUUUUAAAAGAUAGUCAUUUCAACGAGACAAACUAUUUUUUUUUCGAUUGUGCCCAUCCGAGCAUAAUCAACAACAAAUAGUCCUAAUUUCCUGGUUUGACUGCUCGUUUGAGCACAAUGACUCAAAGUUAAUCCAAUAAUUUGACAACACUUUUAGUACUUUAUCCGUCCCUCUAAAAAAAUAUUAUACAAUUCAAAAAACUUUCACAUAUUUAAAUCAUAUCAUAUGAUGCUUUCUCAUACGGAGGACAGAGAUAGUAAUGCAUGCUCUCUCUCCAUAUACAACAUUAGUAUAAUAUAUCUUGGACUACAUAUGCUAUAUACUUAUCAAUACUUAAUAUGACAUCAUUAAGUUGUAGUCCUAAAAUCUUUUGUUCUUGAAUUACUUUAAGACUAA